GAGGCCCCGCUUGAUAGAUAAAACAUUGAGCAUUUUUCUGGGUACAUUUUCCUUGCCUGUGGUAUUUUCAAUUAGCAUUUGACAGUUGUCUUCAUGUUUUGACGUCAUUGUCCUAAUUCGUUCAAUUUCGUUCACUCAUUGGGGAAAUCCUAAUCAUAUUUAUUAUCGUUUUGUACUUUUCGACUAAAUACGCUUUAAAUUCAAAGUUCAGUGUGACUAACAGUCGUUGUUUAAUACGGAGAAAACAUUACGUUCUGUUAUUGAUUAACUGUUUCUUGGGUUGUGAUUUGAUUGCCGUCUAAUAGUAGUGUUUAUAGUUCGUGACAAUGGCUAGUAAUACUCCGUCCGCUCCAAGCGACCUUCCACCCGCGUAUUCGGAGGUCGUCGGUAAUCCGCAGUACGGAUUCGUGGCUCCAGAGGGUUCGUUCGCAGAUCCUCACGCUGCGUACCAGCCGCCGAAGUCGUUUACUCCGGCGGGGGUGUACCCGCACCCGCCUAGCGGGGCCACGACGGCACAGCCCCAGCCGGGCGUGCCGCCGCCGCCGCCGGGCGCCGUUCCCGUGGGGAUCGUACUGCCGCAGGCGGUAGGCAGUGAGCCAACAACCAUCACCUGCUUCAACUGUGGCAAAGUAGUCACCACCAGAGUUACAUACACAACAGCCUGGCAUACCCAUUUAGUAGCUGGAUCAGUGUGUGUUAUCACAAUGGUGUGCUCUCUGUGCUGCCUCGGACUGGUGCCAUACUGCUUCGACACAUUCAAGGACGCGGAACAUUAUUGCCCCAACUGCAACACAUUUGUCGGAAAGAGCAACAAAUGCUAAACAUUCUUAUGAAAUUUUACCCUCUUACAAGUUGACAAUAGCAAUGACUUAUUAAUUAAUUAUCUAUCUUAUUGAGACCUUCAUUAAGCCCUUGAUUAAGAUAAUUACAUCUCCUAGUUAGUUUUUAAUUAUUAUCCUUCAUAGUGCUGCUUGAGUUAUAUCAUGGCCUAUCAAUUUUAUAUACUUUUGCCUUAUAAUCUUUUUACAUUUAGCGCAUAUACAAAUGUUGUAAAUUAUGUACUAUUUUUAUAAUGAAAUCAAGCACUAUUUUAAUAUAUUUUUCAUCACACUUGCUUGAAAAAGAUCUUAUUUCAUGUGGAUAUCCUAAAGGACAAAGGCCUAUAUUGUUCCCGGGGGAGUUAUGGUCUGUGAAAAAAAUAUUUUUUAUUUUUUCGCUAAUUCAUACGAACAAUGUAGGUUUACUUUAAGAAUACUGACAUUUCUAAUUUAAUAUUUUUGCUUAUGUUUAAAAAGAUUUGAUUUCAUAAAUUUAAUUAAAUGCUGUUUAAAAUAUUUUUAUACAAUUUUCAAUCGUGGCUGAAUGCCAGAUAGGCCUGUGCCUUCGAUACCUAACCUGCCAAACAAUGGCAAUAUGUUUGAAAUGUCACCGUAUUUAAGAAUUAUUUUGCUUAAAAUUUAGUUUUUUCUUCACAAGUGUGAGGAAAAACAUUGUGUGUAACUCCGGGGGUAAGAAUAUUGCAAACUCGGGUCUUUAAUUCCCUCCAGCCGGCGACUGUCGGGAAUUAUCACUCUCGUGUCCAAUAUUUCACUUACCCCCCCAUGUUGCACAAUGUACUAAUUCAGUCUAAGCCUCAUGAACAUUGUAAGACAUGAAUUAGGUAGUUGAAAGAAUAAUUUACAUAGUGGAUGUAAUAAGCUUUUAUAUUUGAUAGAUAUUAAUAGAUUUACCUAAUUGUAGUUGUCAACCAUACCAUCCGUAAUUUUGUACUGCCAGCCGGCUUAAAGCAGGAGCACUGCUACAGUAUCUCGCUCACAAAAUAGGCUGACUACCCGUCCCCAUCAGCUAGAAAAAGACCGGUAGUCUAUCUCGCGCGCGAGAUAAUGUUGCGGCACUCACUCCUGUCCUGUGCUAAGCCCACAGAAGGCAAAAGAAAUCGUGGCAAUAUUUUGGACAAAUGUGUAUGUGUCAUAUUCACUGAA